AUGUACAACGGAAUCGGACUGAAGACCCCAAGGGGGUCAGGGACCAAUGGGUACAUCCAAACAAACAUGGCGCACAUUCGAAACGCAAGAAAUACAGUUAGAGAUUAUGAGAAAUUCAGGAACGAAUUGAAGAUGAAUAAUAUAGUCGACAAAAGACACACAUGUGAUUAUUCAAUUAUUGAACACUCAGAAAAAAGAAAAAUAGAAUUAAAGGUUUUACUAUAUGAAGAAAAACUACGAGAGGAGGGAAAGCAAAAUGUUCAAGAUUUAGUCGAUCAGUAUAGGAAUCAGUUGUAUGAAGAAUAUUAUGAUGAUAAAAAAAGGAAAGAAGGAACCGCCGGAAUGCAUUCUAAUAGGGAUACAACGUGUGAGGAAAAUACCCACAUGCUUAAUGAUAGGAAAAAAAAACAACUACAGGAUUUUCAGAGGGCCUUACGAAUUCGAAGAGAAAAUAGUAGCGAUCGAGGGAUGCUACUAGGGAAGGACAACACCAAGGGGGGUUCAUCCUAUGGGGCCAAAAGUGGAGAAAAAGGUCGAGAAGAAAAUAACUUAAUCAAAGAUCUGGGAAGAGAACAUAAAAGAGCUACAGAAAAAAUGAAGGAAAAGACAAAGAGAAAAGAAAAGAGAGACAGCAAAAAGCACAAACAUAGGAGGAAGAAAAGGGAAGUUCUUGACGACAGUGAUGAUACAUACCAGGGGGGAAGUAGCGAAGAGAGUGAUGAAGAGGACGACGAGGGUAGCAGUGCCUCAAGUAGCGACGCAACAAGCCGUGACGAAACCAGCAGUGACGAUUAUUCCGAUGAAGACUCCAGUUCGCCUUCAGAAGAAUCAGACCAUUCGGGAAGCUACGAAUCGUCUGAAUCAUCUGAAUACUCUGCGACAUCCAGUGACGAAAGCUCCAUACAUAACGCCAAGCGUCGUAAGUCGCUUAAGAAGAAACGGCGAGAUGAAAUGAAAAGAAGGAGAAGCAGUUCUGAGGAGUCUUCAUCUCCGAGAAGAAGAACGCAUAGAAGCAAGAAAAGAAGAAAAUCGAAAGAUACAAAUAAAAGUUCGGAUGCGUCUAACUCCUCAAGGGAUGCAUGCGAUUCGGUCAAUUAUACCAGUUCACAUGACUCGAGUGAUUCGUCGCCAAGACGCCGAUCCGACAGCAUGAAAAGGAAACCCGUUGGAAAGGUGACGGAACGGGAGAAAAACAACAAUAUUGCUGCGGACCGUAAGGACGAAGAUCGCAAACGUGUGAGUGCCAGGAAGGAUCGAGAUAAGGGAGGCAGGCACAGCGGGCGAAUAGAUGAGUCAAGUGAAGAAAGUGACAGCAGUGACAAACGUCACGAACGCAAAAAACGUGAAAAACGUGACCGACGUGACUAUAGUGAAAAGCCCGAAGGGCCAAAUAAACGCUCCCCGAAGAAAGACGCACAUCAUCACGUGCGCGCUCGGGCGAGCGAUUCCUCCUCCCCCAAGAGAAACAUAACACGCAGGCUCGAUGAUGCACAAACGGACGAUCGCACAUCUGGGAAAGCCCAUAAAGAGAGCGAUAAAAAGCAGAGGGACAAAUACAGAAAAAGAAGUGCCAGUAGCAAAAGUAGCAGUCUCAGUGCACCGAGAAAGAAAAAAAGAAUCGAAAGUGGAAAAGAUUUACAUGCGGAUAAUCAUGAAAGGAAGAAUAAGCAAAAGAAUGAAAGUCCAAAUUUGGAUUUGGCACAAUUUGAGAACACAAAAUUUGAGAGUGCAAAAAUGAACAAGCAACCCACCCAUGAGGAAACGCUACAAAUUAUUAACAACAUUAAAAAGUACUACAGCAAAAAAGGACGGAACAACAGCGACGAAUCCGAGGGAACACAUUCUCCAAAGAUACACGUGAGUGAUGAUGAUGAUGAUGCCAGUUCAUCUGAACGCAGGAUACAACGUCCAAAGAAAAACAACAAGAGGAGUGAUUCCCUUGACAGAGACAGAAGCGAACGCAGCAGUAGCAUAAGCAGUAAUAGACGUAGAGUUCAUAAACACAGCAGUUCCAAAAGUAAAGUUAGUCACAAGGACAAAGAAUCGAGAAGUGUAGCUGCAAAAAAUGAUCGUAGACGUAAACAACACACGGAAGAAGAUAAAGAAGGAAAACAUGGAUACAAAGAACAGUCAAAAAAUCGUACAAGUAAAUCGAAGAAAGGACAAGAACAUAGGCAGGUGAGUGAAGACGAGCAUGAGCAAUCAUCAAGUGAAAAGGAAAAGGAAGAAGACGAUAAAAAGGAAACCAGAAAAGAAACUCCCACUAAGGAAGAAAUGCAGCAACAGGAAGAAGAACAAAACAAUAAUGCCAAGAAUGAGGAGACCAAAGGGGAUGAUAACAGUAACCCAAAAGAACGGAAAAAGAAAUUUCUGUUUUUUUAA